UGUCAAAUUAAAAGUCCUGUCAAAAGAGUACAUUUUCGCUUUGGGUGUUUUACGGUUCGAUACUGGGAGAAAAAUUCUCUACUUUCUGCACACCCUAAAACAUUUGAACAAGAAAGGAAAGAAGAGGAACUUUAUGGGCAAAAUCGUUAGGAUAUCGGGCUCUCCUUUGUAUUUUUAACUUGUUUACGUCGAAGCGCUGCAGCUGCCGUCGAGAGGAGGAGGAUUCAUUCACAAAUUUCCCCCUCCUGAUAUCAACGUCACUGACUGGACUGGACGGGGAUCUCCGCUGCUGAAUUUCUUUCCCAUCACUUCCUCGCAUCUCGAGAUCAGCUGAUGCAGCCAGGUAAACUGCAGACGGAUGGAUGAAUGGCCGAAGUUGGAUGGAUGCUGCUGUUGGUGCUGGCUGCUUUCUAGUCUAGUGGGGGAUUUUUCCGUCUCGUGUUACACCGCUGCUGCUGCUGCUGCUGCUGCUGAGCUCCGUCCUCCUCUUCCCGUCUCCCUCCAUCGCGGACGGUCUCCUGCGGCCUGUGAGCGGAUGAAUGCCAAAGCCUGGGAUUCUACCACCGCCAAAAGGACUCCAUGUCUUUCUUGGACUGUUCCUGCAUCUCCCACACUCAGGUCCAGCCCUUGGACAUAGAGGAGCGCUAUGAGGACACCAGCCACCAGUUCCUGAGCUGUGACGGUUCUGAAUACACUCUGCAAGGGCCAGCAGGUGGCGAUGACAUCACAGGGCUGUCAGCCGAGCCUGCCCACUACCAGCUACUGUCCGAGCUGGGGAGGGGCUUCAACAACCUGAGCCAGGUGAACAUGGCACGCUACAUCCCCACGGGCCAGCUGGUGGCCGUCAAACAAACCAACCUGGAUGAGUGCACCGAGGAGGAGCUGCUGCAGCUCAUGAACGAGGUUCUGCUGUCCAGGCUGUUUCGUCACUCCAACCUGCUGACCUCGCGCCUGGUUUUCAGCUCCUGCUGCCAGCUGUGGGUCCUCACACCGCUCAUGGCCUAUGGCUCUGCUGAUACCUUGCUAAGAACAUAUUUCCCAGAUGGAAUGAGUGAAUCUCUGAUAGCGUACCUGCUGCAUGGUGUGCUGAAAGCAUUGGAAUACCUGCACCGGAUGGGCUACGUUCACCGGGGUGUGAAGGCCAGUCAUAUCUUGCUGUCAGGGGAGGGGCGUGUCUACCUCUCAGGGCUCCACAGUGUUUACAGUAUGAUGCGGGAGGGGAAGAGGAUGAGGGCGGUGUUCGACAUGCCGCACCACAGCCCCGCCCUGCUGCCCUGGCUCAGCCCUGAGCUCCUGCGGCAGGAUCUGCACGGUUACGGAGUGAAGUCAGAUAUCUACAGUUUAGGCAUCGUGGCCUGUGAGCUGGUCAGCGGCAGGGUGCCUUUCCAGGACAUGCCCCCAACACAGAUGCUGCUUCAGAAGCUGCGCGGCUCCCACUGCUGCCUGCUGGACGUGGCUCCCUUCCCACUUGGCGAGCUGGGCGGUCUGAAGGUGUCACGCUCCGGAGUGGACUCGGGCAUCGGGGAGAGCGUCGCCACCGGAAGCCUGUCGCACAGUGCCACCGCUCCGCCUACCGACCGACCUCAGAGCCCCGCGCCCAAAAACCACUCGGUCACCCUGCACAACCUGGUUCAGCUGUGUCUACAGCAGCAGCCUGAGCGCAGACCGUCAGCAUCGGCGCUGCUGACCCAUGCUUUCUUCAAGCAGGUGAAGAGGCACACCAGAGACUCCUUCCUCAGCCUCAUGUACCCAGCAGUGCCCCUCACCAGCCCCGAGGACCCUCCAGUAUCCUGCCCUCCCGCCCCGUCCUGCCACGCUCCAACAUCAGCCUCCACCGACACCGCUGAGGCUGUGUGGGACUUCUAACCUCCCGAUUCUACGAAUCCUGACUAGCAAGCCAAACCCGAGACAAUCAAAGCAAAGCAAUGAGGCCAAAUUCUACUGUGCUUUUAUUAUUUUAUCAUUUACCCGACUCUCUGAGCCUUUUUUUUUUAAAGUAGUUUUGUAGUUUUUUUUUUUUUUUAUGUUUGUCCGGUGUGUAUGUGGAGUUGGGGUCAUGGUUUGUUGACCCGACUGUGAAAGUGUUGGAUCAAAGAAGCUGCUCCGAUCAGUUAGUAAAGAUCCUUAACAGCAAAAUGGACUGUGAACAAGUUACAGAACAAAAACACUAAUCGGUUGACUUAUAAUCACGCACUUCCUCUGAUGUAAAAGGCAACUAUUAGUUAAAGGAAAAAUCCACCCAGAAGUACUUUAUUGUUGAAGAAACACCUCUAUGUGCUAAACUUUUCACGUCUGGGAAGGUUUAGUUGUUUCUACAGUGUACUUUCCAUAUUUCUCGUCUUCCUGAAGGCAUUCUGAACAAUGGAGGACCUUGUUUACCAAAUCAAAAAUAAUAAGAAGAAGCGUACACUAAAAAUUUCACUCCUAAGACACUAUGUGAGGGUGGAUUUUUCCUUUCCAGUGUUUUUUUGUAUUCAGACUGUGAAUAGUGAAUACUGAGGUACUUAAGAGAUAUUACAAUACAUAUGUGCAUAUAUAUUCAUCUAUAUUAGAGUUUUUCAAACUGCGUGUUGCGGGGGGCUUGAGUCUGAACGCACAUACAUGAUACACACAUUUAGAUUCAGUGUGACUUCCACUUCUCGAGGAUGUAUAUUAUCUAUAUUAUAUUAAGGAGAUAUAUUACCUCUAAUGUCCGUUGUGAAUAAACCUCCACAAAUCCUUGUAGAAAUCAUAGAAACUCCAGAACUCCCCUGAAAAUCCAUCACGUUUUUUCUGUUCUCUUCGAUGACAGAGUAAUCAAGUGAUGUUUGUGUGCACAUUUAUGGGUGCACCACAAACAGGAGUAGCUAGUCGCUAAUUCGGCAUACAUGUAACGGUGCUAAUUUGCCACAGUGUAAACAAAUGUAGGCUCAAGUUAGAGCAGCUCACUGUUAAACUGGCACCAAGGCAACAGUACACUUCCAGUUAAUAGCUCUAAUACUGGAGCAAUGGUUCACAACAUUUUGAGCAUGAUUAUGCCUUAAAGUGAUGUUUGUAUUGAUCUUUAUCAAACACUCCUCCAAAUUUUAAGAUUUAUUGCCGUGAGGCCAUUUUAAAACCGUUCAGAAAUCAGACUGGAUUUUUUUUUACCUCUAUCCAAAAUGUUUCGAAAACUGACCACGGUCGUAUAUGUAAAUACUUUUUUUUUUUUUUUCUGUAUGUUUGAAGAUAUAUGCACAUAGUGUUUAUGUGUAGUCUUUUCAACAUAACAUGUUAUCCUGUGUUUGCCUAUGAGCCAGUGAGACAAACUGCAAACCUGCAAAAAAAAAAAAAAAAAAAAAGAAGAAGAGCACACGAGCAAUAGAGUUCAUCUAAUGUUCCCUGUUGGAGUCAGAGACCCUGAGAUGAAAACCGUCCCUGCCCUGAUCGUCAGUGAUAUGCCAAAAGAUUAUUUCUACUGUGCUCUGUGACCACUUAUCCAACAAUGCCUUUAUGUUUGAAUGGAACCUGCAUUCUGAAUAUGGUGAUCCAUCUGUAACUGUGAUUAAGUGUGCUGUGUAUGAGAACUGUGAUCCACAGUACAUAUCAAACAUGGUAGCUGUAUGAGCCUUAUAUAUACACGUAUUACAAGUGAUAAACAUGUAUAUACAACAUUUGAUUUAUAAACCUCCUGUUAGCCUUGAUUGAUUUCUUUAUAGAUUUGUGUCAAUAGAGAAGUGUGUGUGUUGACAGUAUGCUCCAUGUACUUCCAUCCUGCACAGUGUGAUCUUCUUCACAGAACUCAGAAUUCUGAUGGACCCUGAGGAUCAAAUCCGAUUGCCUGGGUUCAAGCCGUCCACUUCCACCGAGUGGAAAUGGAGUGUAACGCGUUGAAAAUGCAGUCUGACUUCAGACAACCCUUCUGGGAUAUGGACAAUAAAAAGACCAGGGUUCUGUUCUUUGUAUGAAAUUAUAAUGUUGACAAGUUGGAGUAUUUAAGCCCACACCUGCACAAGUUAGCAGGACCAAGGCCAGUUUUGGGGAAGAAAUUUUAAUCAGAUGUUUAUGCCUAAACAAACAAAAUAAACGAACUGUCUUUGUUUCAAUGACUCCAGAAACUGAAUAAACAAACUGACCUUGAAGGACAA